AUGGUCACAAAGAAAAAGUAUGUGAAUCCCAUUCAACAUGUGUGUUUAACUUAUUCACUUGAACAAAAAAAUGUUAAAGAAGCUUUAACUGGUGAAUAUUGGAUUAAAGCUAUGCAAGAAGAAUUGGAACAGUUUACGAGAAAUGAUGUGUGGACCCUUGUGCCCAGACUAAAUCACACUAUUGUCAUUGGAACAAAAUGGAUUUUUAAAAAUAAAAGUGAUGAAUUAGGCACAAUAGUAAGAAACAAAGCUAGAUUGGUUGCACAAGGGUACACUCAAGUGGAAGGUGUGGACUGUGAUGAAACAUUUGCACAUGUUGCUAGACUUGAAUCGUUUGGUUUUGAGGCAAAAGCUAGAGGAUUAAAGCUUGAGAACUUGAUGCUUGAGAGUUUAGGAUUUAAUUGCAGCAACUAA